AUGCUAUCUACCGAUGAUGAAGAGCCCAAGGUUGUGAGGGAGGCUCCCGUCGACCCAACGACUUCAGAUGGAGACACAGACCAGGAUCCUAGACAGGAGUUACCAGCUCCACGGUUCUGGGCGCUUGCUCUUGGACUCUGCCUUGGCCUACUCUUAUCGAUGAUGGACUCUUCGAUCGUAGCAACAAGUUUGUUUUCGAUUGGAACCGAGUUCCAUGAAUUGGACACAGUAAACUGGGUGGCGCUCGCGUAUACAUUGUGCUACCUGGGGUUUUCCGUUUUCUUUGCUCGCUUAUCCGAUGUCAUUGGCCGGCGGAAUGCCUUUAUGCUCGCAUAUGUGGUUUUCUUCGCCUUCUCUAUGGGAUGUGGAUUCGCCCAGGCUAUGGACCAAUUAAUUGCCUGCCGGGCAUUCCAGGGUAUUGGAGGUUCUGGAUUGUACUCGUUGACCAUGAUCAUCUUUAUUGAGAUAACACCAGCCAGGAUGAAGCAGUUUCUGGCGAGUCUUGUAGGAAUUGUCAUCGCCGUUGGCGGCGUACUUGGACCCGUCCUGGGUGGUAUCUUGACUGAAUAUACAACUUGGCGAUGGGUUUUCUGGAUCAAUGGGCCUGUCGGUUUCGUGUCGAUGGCUUUGUUUUACCUGGCUUGGCCGAAAGCAGAGUAUUUGCCAGAUACCGAGCCAAGAAGGUGGAGGGAACUGGACUACCCAGGCUCUGUACUGCUCAUUGCCGCAGCUGUUCUUGUCGUCUACCCCUUUCAAACCGCUAGCAGCAGCGCAUCAUGGGAUCGGGCAUCAUUCCUGGCGCCGCUCCUGACCGGCCUGGCGUGUUGGGGAGCUCUAAUAGCGUGGGAGGUGCUUGUUGACAAGCGUUGGGCAAACAAGAUAGCACCAGCGCUUCCCAUGAGCCUGAUGCGGAACCGUUUUUACGGCGCGGCGGUUCUGAACACGCUCUUCCUCGGUUUCCCCUUUAUUCUGUUGCUCUACGCAUUUCCACUUAGACUUCAAGUGGUGAAUGGAAAGAGCCCGCUUCUCGCCGGCAUCUACCUGCUACCCAUGCUCGGAGCAAGCGCCUUUGGCUCCGUCCUCUCUGGUUUCAUCAAUGGCAAGAAGGAUAGGACCUGCGAAACCAUGGUGAUGGCGAGUUGCUUCGUAGCUCUAGGCUGCGGUCUGCUGUCAACUCUGUCCGACUCAGUUGACCUUGAGGCCAAAGCCCUCGGCUUCAUUGUAUUUAUCGGCCUUGGGUUCGGGCUCUCGGCCGCGGGGACGACGAUAGCGGGUAAUAUUCAGUCAUCGCUACGGGACCAUUCUGCGGCUCAAGGGUUCCUCAGCCAGACCAGAAUUCUAGGCGGCAGCUUAGGAAUCGCAGCGUCUUCCGCUAUCCUAGGAGCCAGCGUCAGAUCACAACUGGCCGGCAUGGACCCUAGAAUCCUUCAAGCCUUCGAAUCCUCGGCUGGCGCGCUCGACGAGGCUCAGCUAGAUGCCAUCAGGCAUGUCUACGCAAGCGCAUUCGACGAUGAUAUGCGUGUGUGCGCAAUUGUCUCUUGUAUUGCCGUCAUACUGGCACUGGGCGGCUGGUCUCGGAAUCGGCCAACUAUACAAGAACGAGACGCCAUGCAUCUCAAGGAGGAGAAUGAGAGGCGGAGGGUGGCAGGUCUUAGCAAGACACGAGCCCCGUCGUCAAGCGUUUGA